AUGAAGUGGCUCAUCCUGGCCAUGCUGUGCCUCCAGCUCUCAGAGGGGCUGGUGAGGAUCAAACUGAAGAAAUACAAGUCCGCACGGGAGGCGAUGAGGGAGGCAGGCGUGUUGGAGGACUACCUGAAGAAAAUGAAGCACGACCCAGCCAGGAGAUACCAAUUCAAGAACAAACACACUGUGUACGAGCCGAUGGCCAACCAUCUGGAUUCGUCCUACUUCGGGGAGAUCAGCAUUGGGACCCCCCCGCAGAACUUCCUGGUGCUCUUCGACACCGGCUCCUCCAACCUCUGGGUGCCCUCCACCCUGUGCCAGACGCCGGCUUGCAGAAAUCACGCCAGGUUCAACCCCCAUGCCUCCUCCACCUUCAUCAACAACAGCCGGACCUUCAGCCUGUCCUAUGGCAGCGGCUCGCUGAUGGUGAUGCUGGGCUACGACACCCUGCAGAUCCAGAGCAUCAAGGUCAGAAACCAGGAGUUCGGGCUGAGCAAGGAUGAGCCCUCCCAGCCUUUCUACUACGCCCAAUUCGACGGGAUCCUGGGCAUGGCUUACCCCUCGCUGGCCGCGGGAGGGACGCCCACCGUGCUGCAGGGCAUGCUGCAGCAGAACCAGCUCACCCAGCCCAUCUUCAGCUUCUACUUCUCCCGCCACCCCACCUACAACUACGGGGGGGAGCUCAUUCUCGGAGGAGUGGACAGGAGGCUCUUCACCGGGGAGAUCGUGUGGGCGCCGGUGACCCAGGAGCUGUACUGGCAGGUGGCGAUUAACAAGUUUGCCAUCGGACAUUCGGCCAUGGGCUGGUGCAGCCAGGGCUGCCAGGCCAUCGUGGACACUGGGACGUUCCUGCUCGCGGUGCCCCAGCAGUACAUGAAGAGCUUCCUGCAGGCCGUGGGCGCCCAGGAGACCAGCUACGGUUAUGCCGUUGACUGCAGCCAGGUCCGGAACUUGCCCACCAUCACCUUCGUCAUCAAUGGCAUGUCGUUCCCGCUGUACCCCUCUGCCUACAUCCUCAACAGCAAUGGUUACUGCACCGUUGGGAUCGAGGCCACCUACCAGCCCUCCCAGAACGGGCAGCCGCUCUGGAUUUUGGGUGACGUCUUCCUCAAGGAGUAUUACACCGUCUUCGACAUGGCGAACAACCGCGUCGGCUUCGCCCCAUCGGUUUCUGCGUGA